CCAGCCAGCCAAACCCCACCUUCGGGCCUGGAAGUUGGAGGGGCAGCUGCUGCGCUUAAAUUCGGAGGCGAUGUGGAGGGCGUAGGGAGUGGUUCCGAGAAGCAGAAUUGUGGUCUUGCGGAAGCCGGCGAGAACUAUUGAGGCACCUGUUGCCCCUGUCAAGCAGGUUGUACCAUGACUGCUUUUGGAGGAAUUGCUGCCAAGCUGGAAAGGGACCGCCUGCGGGCUGAAGGUGUGGGUGAUCACCAGAAUGCUGUGAAGUAUCUUGGUCAAGAUUUCAGUACCCUGAAGCAAGAAUGUUUGGAGAGUGGAACAUUAUUUGAAGACCCCCUAUUUCCUGCCAUUCCGUCAGCCCUUGGCUUCAAAGAACUGGGCCCUAAUUCUGGCAAAACCCGUGGAGUGUGCUGGAAGCGCCCCUCUGAAAUUGUAGAUGACCCUCAAUUUAUUGUUGGAGGUGCCACGAGGACAGAUAUCUGCCAAGGGGCUUUGGGGGACUGUUGGUUGUUGGCCGCCAUUGGCUCCCUGACUCUCAAUGAGGAACUCUUGCAUCGAGUUGUACCCCAUGGACAGAGCUUCCAGGAGGACUAUGCGGGCAUUUUCCAUUUCCAGAUGUGGCAAUUUGGUGACUGGGUAGAUGUGGUAAUAGAUGACAGAUUACCAACCAAGGAUGGAGAACUUGUUUUUGUGCACUCAGCAGAGUGUCAAGAGUUUUGGAGUGCUUUGCUGGAAAAGGCUUAUGCCAAGUUGAAUGGCUCUUAUGAAGCCCUGUCAGGGGGCAGCACCACAGAAGGCUUUGAAGAUUUCACAGGUGGUGUGGCGGAAAUGUAUGAUCUCAAGAGACCACCACGCAAUUUAUCCAGAAUCAUUUGCAAGGCCCUUGAGAGAGAAUCUCUGCUUGGCUGUUCCAUUGAUAUUACAAGUGCAUUUGACAUGGAAGCAGUUACCUUCAAGAAACUAGUGAAGGGUCAUGCCUAUUCAGUCACGGGAUUUAAAGGGGUGGAGUAUCGUGGCCGGCAAGAAGAGCUAAUUCGUAUAAGGAAUCCCUGGGGUCAGGUGGAGUGGACUGGCGCAUGGAGCGAUAGCUCUUCUGAAUGGAAUGACGUGGAUCCUGAUCAGAGGGAUGAACUGCAACUGAAGAUGGAAGAUGGUGAAUUCUGGAUGUCUUUUCGAGACUUUAUGCGUGAGUUUUCUAGACUCGAGAUCUGUAAUCUUACCCCAGAUGCUCUGACAAAGGAUGAGGCAAAGAAAUGGCACACCGCAUUAUUUGAGGGGAGCUGGCGACGAGGCAGUACAGCUGGAGGCUGCAGAAACCAUCCAGCUACAUUCUGGAUUAAUCCACAGUUCAAAAUUAAGCUUUUAGAAGAAGAUGAUGACCCAGAGGAUGAUGAAGUGGCUUGCAGCUUUUUAGUGGCCCUGAUGCAAAAACAUCGAAGAAAAGAACGCCGAGCUGGAGGAGACAUGCAUACCAUUGGCUUUGCUGUCUAUGAGGUUCCUGAAGAGUCCCAGGGCUGCCAAAACAUUCAUCUGAAGAAGGACUUCUUUCUGAGGAACCAAUCUCAAGCACGCUCAGAGACCUUUAUCAAUUUGCGGGAAGUGAGCAAUCACAUCCGCCUGCCACCCGGUGAAUACAUCAUAGUUCCCUCUACCUUUGAGCCUAACAAAGAAGGAGACUUUGUUCUACGUGUCUUCACAGAGAAACAGUCAGACACAGAGGUGCUUGAUGACGAGAUCUCUGCAGAUCUACCAGAUGAGGAAGAAAUAUCUGAGGAUGAUAUAGAUGAAAAUUUCAGGAACAUGUUCCAGCAGCUUGCAGGAGAGGACAUGGAAAUCAGUGUCUUUGAACUCAAAACUAUUUUGAACAGAGUCAUUGCUAGGCACAAAGAUCUGAAGACUGAUGGAUUCAGCAUGGAUUCUUGUCGCAACAUGAUCAAUCUGAUGGAUAAAGAUGGCAGUGCUCGUCUGGGUCUUGUAGAAUUUCAGAUUUUGUGGAAGAAAAUCAGGAACUGGCUGAAUAUCUUUCGCCAGCAUGACCUGGAUAAAUCAGGAACUAUGAGCUCUUAUGAGAUGCGUCUGGCCUUGGAAUCAUCUGGUUUUAAACUGGACAACAAGUUGCAUCAAGUGAUAGUGGCACGCUAUGCUGAUGAAUCAAUGGGUGUGGACUUUGAUAACUUUGUCUGCUGCUUAGUCAAGCUGGAGACUAUGUUCAGAUUCUUCCGUAGCCUGGAUGCAGAAGGCACUGGGAGUGCUGUGAUGAACCUUGGCGAGUGGCUGACAUUCACAAUGUGCGGCUAAUGCAGUGAUGGAACUUCAUAAAGACGACCUGAUUGGACUGGGCUAUCCCAAGUGCCUUCCGUAUGUCAGAUCUACAGACAUAAGAUGGCCUAUCAACCCUCUCCCUUCUUUGCCACUCCAUCCAGCCCAGAACCUGCUUUCUUCUUCUUCUUGGCAACAGACCCAACAAUAUAUUGUGAUUUAUGUUCUCUCAGGUUAGGGUGUCAAAGCUUCUUCAGGAAGCAGGCUGUUUCCUGCUGUAAGCAUAACUUUUGACAACAGCAUUUAGGAACUGGGGAAAAGUGAGUGAGGAGCAUGGGUGCAUGUUUGUUCGUUCAUUGCAUGCAAGUUUUAAUGUCUUUCUUGAGCUUAUCAAGAGGGCCUGCCUUCAGAGUUAGCAACAGGCAGGAUUGCAGUAAGCUGUUUCCCCUGAUAAAUUAGUCUUUCCCUCUUCACUGGCUAUAGCUGAUUCUGAUCUUGCAAGAAAGCCUCACUUGCUUUCUCUUUGCUGGGCAGUUCUGCAUCUACUUCUUUGCUUUUUUUCCUGAGAAGUUCAGUGGAAAAGUUAGAAAGGGAAUUGUAUCCCUAAUUCAACUUUCAACACAAUGCUUUCUAAAGUAAUGCAGUGACUCCCUGAAGUGGUGCCAAAGGUUGGUGAAAUCAGGCAUUUGCCAAGAUGACUAAGAAACCCCCUCUCACAAAGGGCCACUAUUUUCACUUCAUGAAGUAACCAACCAAGUCAGAGGCAGUGGGAGACUGCGCAGCUUACAAACUCUGCUUCUCCCAAGGGAUGGGGCUGCAUUGAGAGUCCCUAUAUUUCACAAACUGUACCAGAAACAAGUGCUGCAUGUUGAGAUUUCUCUUUGCUCUCUGUUAGAUUAGAAAAGCUAAUCAUCCAAAUCAUUAGAGCAGACUCAGCUAAACAGGCUGUCUUGCUAGGUUUGUACAAAAUCUUGGGUAGGAAACGGUUGGAGAACAUCUUUACCAGUGACCACACUGGAGAGUGUGGCCCCCUCCGCCCACACCCUAAGUAAGAGCAAUCUGAAAAAUGUAUUACAUUAAAAAUUUUAAACUUAAUAUAAAAAUAGUAAAGCAUACUUAAGGGUGUGCUUUCCUAUUAUUUUUUUAUUUAUCUCCACUAGGGCUUGGAGAUUUUUAAUGAUGAAAAUACUUCUUUUAAAGCAAAACUAAAGUGUCUCCUGGUACAUUUAGUAGAUGAGAACAUCAACAGAUUAGGAAUACAGCCUUUUCUUUUAGAAUAUUUUCGUAUCCCAUACAACUAAGGGUGUUGCUUGGUGAAUGGGCUGAGCUACUGUUGAAACUGAAAGUGUAAAUCACUACAUGCCUUGUGUAAGUAUUCCAAGGUUUUUUGGAAGAGCAAUAUCUAUGUACAACAAACAGUGUAGCUUAACUGAAGGAAAAAGUUGUUUGAGUGUUGUUACCAGUCAUGCCUCUGACUUGUCCUUGGCUAAAAAUCUUUCUUUUUUUUGCUUGUAGCUUUAAUAUUCUGAAGGUAUCAGAGUGGAAUAAAAUGUCUAAGCAGGAAACAUUACUUGUAGAUCACUUCUUACUACUAAGCUGCUAUAGUGCUAUUGAAUGGAAUAUUCUUUGAGUCAAUGCCUGUCCAUUGGAUUGAAUAGGAUCAGGCUAAAUGUUCCCAUCCAACCUGCAGUCUCAGCCCUCUGCAAAUGUUCUACUUGCACAGUUAAGUGGCUUGUGCAAAACGGGUGCUGUAUAUAGAUGUAUUCUCAAAAUUGUGGUCUUAUUUUCAAUUAACAAGCACAAAACAACCAUUUACAAGAAUAGCUGCUAAACCUUAAUGCUUUACUUUAGAAGUGUUGCAGGGGGGAUCCUAUAUUAUUGGGCCUAAAGGGAGAUUUAAAGGCUUAUGCUUUACCAACCAAGUAAGGAAAUUAUUUGUGUCCUCUUGGCUUUUGUAGGAAGAUUAUUCACUUGAUUAAAAGUAUGAGGUCACCACUUCGUAAUCUGUUCCUCAAACAAAAAGGGGGGGCCCUGUUUUCUGUAAUCAAAUUAAGUCAUGUACACUAAGAAAAUGCAAAUUUGCAGAUUGCAUACAUUCUUUUCCCAAGAGUUAAGUUUUCAGAAAUCUUUACAAAAACCACUGCCAGAGGAAAGUGGGAGUUGAAGAUUAAGACUGAAAUAUGGAUGUGAGGUUCAGGUAGUCAGGACUCAGCAGGAGAAAGAGUGGCCAAUGGGCUGAACUACGGCUACCAGAUCUGGGCUGCUGGAGGGCAAAAGACUACUAAAUGGCACCAAAGCAUUAGUUUUGUCCAUCUCUUUCACAUAACAUCAUGGUCAUCCACAGCCUCCAUAUAGCUGUUGUAAUGAUGGAAUAUUCCUCUGUGCAAUAUUGGUCCAAAUUCAUUCAUGUCCUUGAUUGUGUGCAGAAGCUGGCAAUAACCUUAGUGCUUUCUUGCAAGGAUAUAUAUAUUCUCCCGCUGCCUUAGCCCAAAUUACAACAUAUGUAAAAUAGUAGAAAUUUAUCUAAUUCUGUUCAUACACAUUUUGUGUUUGUGUAUGCAUGCAAUUCUAUUGGUAGUGGUUAAAAUUAUUGGAAGCAAAUGGAUUUUAUUAGGAACCAUUUGUUAAAGCAGAUUUCAUAAAUAUUUUUACAAAAACUAGAAUACUUUAAAAAUCCUACCGUUCAGUUGCAUCAAAAUGUUGAAAUAUACAUUACCAACAGCCAAUUAUGAAACACCAAUGGAAUAAAAAUGCCACUUAUGUUUUUGUUAAACUGAAAAAAGUAAUAUAAUGGAAGUGUACUGUUCCAAGGUUAAAUCUACCAUGUAAUCACUGCUUGUGCAGUUAUGGGGUAAGAUGGUUAAAAUUCAGAAAAGGGGGAAAUAAAUGUGGCCCAGUGUCCAAGCCGUAUCUGUUUCACUUUACAGUCUUAAAAAUAGUAGUAGUAGUCUGCAGAUACAAAAAUUUGAUUCUGAUGAAGGAUUCUUGGAAACUCAAAUGGUUGAAUAUUAUUUCAUAAACUUCUAUUGGACUGAUUGCAAUUACUACCUUAAUAUAGAUAUGAUUGUUUUAUUUGCCAUGAUCAGCAUGGUUGCUUUUGCUUUUUUAAACCAGAAAUUGUAGUCAACCAACAACUGUAAUGGGACUAAUCAAUACAUGACAAAGCAAGCUCAUGAGUGUCAAUUAAAUUGGAAGAGUGGGAAAGAUAAAGCUAUUAAAGCUGUAAAAUUCUCAUUGA